AUCCACAUCAUCUCCUAAGGUAUUUGAUAAAAAAGAAAUAUAAUAAUCAGAGUAUUUUAAGAUCGCGAAUGUCGUUGUCGCGGGUCUCACUGCGAUGCUCGUUGCGGCGCCGCGUUUGCCAGAGUGGAGGCACGAGGUCGCGAGACCGGCCGCGCACACAGAGAAGGAAGAGAAGGAAUAAGCAAAAGCAAGUGAGACGACUAGACAGUUCGCGAUUUUCGCCAGCGUCGUCAGUCUAGCACGAGCCACCGCUCAGGAGACACCCGUUGGGGAACUUGCUUCUUAUAAGUUGAAUGAACGAUGCCCGGCCACCGUCAGCCUUUAUCCCUGGAGGGACUAAGUUUGGGACGAGUGUGCCAGCAACUGGACGGUACGUGCCGGCGACUGCAGGUGCUGUCGCAGGAGACGUCCGCCAGCUCUGUUUUAGCUGUUGUUAAACAAUCUAUAAGGCCGUAUUACGUAAAUGCACUGCCAGCACGAUUACGUUCACGAGUGAUCGAAGAAACAUCGAGGAUGCUUUAUGGUCCAGCGUCUGACGGUUCGACGUUGAUAUCCGGACCAGCACCACUGUAUCUUCUGGCAUUACUUCUGGGUCACGACAUACGACAGCUGAAGGUUAAUUUGUGCUGCUAUUACGGCUGUAGCCAUCAAACAUCUCUACUGAAGCUUCUGGCAACAGAAGGUGUUGGUUUAGAAUCCCUUGAACUGGCAAGAUCCGCAUUACUUCGUCUUGACUGUAAAUUGUUACGCUCUGCUCUGAUGAACAUGAAUAAUUUAUUGAGUUUGACGUUAAAAAAUAUCGCGAAUGACUCAGUGCUUCAGGUUAUUGGUAAAGCAUGUCCUAAACUUGUCGUCUUAGACGUAUCUUGUUCAAUGCAAGUUACGGACGUAGGACUGAAGCAACUGCUACUCCAGGUGGAGCUCAGGGACAAGUUUAUAAACAUUGAUCCUGUUGUUGUACAAGAAACAACAACCAGCUGGUCUCGUUUGAAGGCACUCCUUGUAAAACUACGAGUUAAAAAAAAUAAAAGAGACAAGAGGGAGAAUGAAGGAGUACUUCUUGAGUACUGCGAGAGUAAGAACUUUCUUUGUGACACUUUGAGAGUACUUAAUAUUGCAAACACUGGAGUAACGAGCGCAGGCGUUCUACUGGCACUCGCCAAUGUGCCACAUCUUGAGUCGUUGGCGGACUACAAUCAUAUGGGCAGGGUCGUCGAGAUAAUGAACCGUGGAGUGAUUGAAUUGAAGACGCCUUUCAGUCUGACACAGGCACGAAGCAGUAGAACAACACAAGCGAGACUUGAGUUGCUUGCUCAAACGUGUCCACGGUUGGAGAAACUUCACAUCUCGGAGCCGCAUCAUCCGCCUGAGGCACUGCGUCUCUUUCCGUGCAUCACAAGUCUCAGUGUGCACAGUAUCCCGGCAACAAAAGAGUGGCUCGCAGGAUUCAACGAGUAUCUACGUACAAAUGGCCAUCGUCUACGUGAGCUUAAUCUCCGGGUGACACAAAGUGAAACACCGCUGCAGAUUGACCUGAGAGAAAUAUUCCUCCACUGUCCCAAUCUCGUUACGCUCACCAAGGACGGCGCAAACGUUGUCUGGCUCGAUGGUCCUGAUCCACUUCCGCUGUUGCAAUUGAAAAAAAUUCAACUUGGACGUACAGUCUCUGCCACAACCAUCACCAAGAUACUUAUUCUUGCACCAGCAUUAAACUCACUCCAUGUUCACAGCUGCUUCGAUCUCACUAAUGAACAUUUAGAGAGUCUUCUUGACAUAUCAUCAGACGCAACAUCACCGUCAAAUCCUGAUAAACCGGAUAACAGUCUCAUUAAAAAUUUAACGUGUUUUUAUGUGUACGAGGCAAGCAAAGUAUCAGCUGCCACGGUGCUCAGUAUGUUCAAAAACUGUACAAAGUUACGUAAAAUUGGCAACCUCGCCAACUGGGGACUGGACUGUGAGGGUGUUAAAACAUUAAGAGCAACGCUUGCCCGCGCUAAUCUCGACGUUGAUCUCUCACCUGGAUCUCAUUGGUUUUGGAGCAAUUGCAUUCAUUAAUUUUAAAAAAAAUUUUAAAUAAUAAUUAAAAAAAUGUUUUUUUUUAAUUCGUGACUUUCGUCGAAAAUAUCAGUAUUAAUAAAUUAUUCUGGAGUAACUUAUCCUUGGAGACUGUCUGAAGGUCAACAGGCUCACAUUGUAGCGUAUAGAGAAAAAAAAUAUAUAUAUAUAAUAAGACUAUUAAAGAUUGAAGUUUAAAAUGAAACUUUACUCUUCAUUAGAGAUGGCUAACUAUAGAUUGCGCGUUUAAAUAUUCAUCUCAUUAUAUACGUACUCUCUGUGUUACCAUGAAGAAUACUAUUGUAACAUUUAUACUUGUCAAUAAUCAAGGCUUUCAUGUUUUAAAUAAAUGUCAUUUUUUUUUCUUCAUCACUGAGAAACGAAAAAUAAAUUUACUAAUUAUUACUUACUUCCGUUAGACCGUGUGAUUGGAGUAGAAGACUUAUUAGUUUUGUAUCUGCUUGAAUAAUCUUAUAAGUCAUGUGUAAUUGCUUAGCAGGUGGAUCCUCUGGCGGAGUUGACAGCGCAGAACACCUUUAAAAAAAAAUUACAUUAUCAUUAUUAAGUUUGCUGAGAAAUAAAAAAAUUUAACGAUAGCACUUGAUAAAUAAUUUAAAAAAAUACUCACUUGAGUCGGAGUAUAGGCCAUUUACUGCCAGUUGGUCCAUUAACUAGCCAUUCAUUACCUCUAGCACUAUUAUCUUUAGGCGCACUGUAAAUUAUAAAUAGUAAAUAAAUAAAAAAUAAAUAAAAAUAUAUAUAAACAUUAUAAAUUAUAGUGAUGUAUUGAAGAUCGAAUGUUGGUAAAAGAGGAAGCACUUAGCGAUAAAAAUAAAAAGUCGUCAUUAAUAAAAGACAGAGAGCUCUGUUAGUUUUUUAAGCCCCGCACAUUAGUCAUCACCCACGUGGCUGACUUUUAUUUAAAAUAAAAUUUUUUAUUGGCCUCUCAAACUAAAAAUGAGUUUAGUCACCGCGUACAGCACGCGAUCGUUGACUUAUCUUACAAGAUUAACAUUAAACUCAAAUUUAACAGACGUAAUUAUAUUUUUCUUGUCAAUCAGAUAAAUAACAAUUAAUUAUUUAAUCUUAUUGAGUAAAGAUAACACUUGAGUAUUUUAUUUUUUUUUAUCUUGCAGACACGCAAUCAUGUGGCUGUUACACUAGGAAGAAAAGUAAUGAAACAUUUCUUACUGUAUGUAUCGUAAUAAAAAGACCCGCGGGUUUUAUAAUCACCUCGGACAAGUAAUUUUCUAUUCACAUUAUUAGCAUACAUUAAAAAUAUAUAUGUAUUUUAUCCACGUAGAGAGUAAUAAUAUAUAUUGUGUAAAGUGAGAGAAGAAUAUUAUAAUGGACAAAAGCACCUUUCACUGGUGUCCGACUUGUUGUUGUGGGACGUCUCGUGGAUAAAGGGCUCCAACGUUUCCUCGCUGCUGUUUGACAUUUGAGACAUCCCGGAAAGACUUGAAGAUGACAUCAGCUCCUUCGUUCGCUUUCCCUCUAAUCUCAGUGCCGGUUCAAUCUUCAUUUGCGCUAACAUAUUUUAAAUC